GGGGCGUUCUGGGGUCUGAUCUCAGGCUUCGUGGUGGGGGGUGUGAGGAUGGCUAUGGACUUCUACUACGGCGAGCCUCUCUGCUACGAAGAAGAUCUACGGCCUGCUGUACUUAAGCUUCACUACCUGUACUUCGCCAUGCUUCUCUUCUGGUUCACGCUCUUCAUGUGCUUCUUGGUGUCACUAGCCUCCCCGCCCGUCGAACGAUGGAGGCUAAUACGCACCACGUACUGGACUCGCUACGACAAGACAGUGCGGCUCGACGAAGUCAAGCUUGCGGUCGCCAACGCCCUCCUGCCCCUGCAGGAGAACGGCCGAGUCCCGUGCUCUUCUGCGGUCCACGGUGACGCGGACUUGAACCAUAGCUUAGACGUUAACGUCGAAACAACUUAUGAAGCAACAAAUGCAGACGUCACAUUAACGUGGGAUAAGAAUUAUGCUGAUGGAUGUGAGGGAACUGAGGUAAAUGUUCCCCUCGCCUGCCACCGCUCCUCGAGUGAUCAGGGAGAAGUGCCGCGAGGGAAAAGCGAUGUCGUCGAUACUAGUAAACUUGGUAACGGCAUUGCUCGACGGCCUUCCUGCAGUAAACAAACUGGGACGUGCAAGAGGCUGAUGACCAGACUACUGGGCAGCCGGGCUAUUGGACGGCUUUCUGCUUCUGAAUAUCAGGAUGUUGCGGCAGACUGUGGAGAACCCAGCACUCUGCUGACCUCCCUCCACCAGGAGCCCUGGGAGGAACGUCUUCUGAACUGCCUGCUGGUGCUGAUGU